AUGCACAGCGGGUCGACGGUCCCGUUGAUGCCUCCCAACUACGAGAGUAAAUUCUCCUACGCUCCAUACGCCGCCCAGCAACAAGCUCAGCAACAGCAGCAUCCCACCAACAGCUUCAAAACCCCGCCGCAGGCCGGCAGCAUGCUUCAAUCCCACUCCGGAAUCGCCAGCAGCACGGGAAGCUUCUCCGAAGCCGCCGCCUUUCAAACCGUCGGCCAGGCAGCGUUAGCCGCCUGCGCCGCGCACAGCACCGGCGGCGGCGCGGGAACUGCUGCCGCCCGGCACGGAGGCGGAGGAGCAGGCGGCGCGGGGAGCAUCGUUCAAGGAAGAAGCGUGGGUGCCGGCGCGGGAGCAGGAACGGGAGCGGGAGCGGUGAGCAGCAAUAGCAACAGCCACGGACAGUCGACUCGAAGCGACGCGGAUCAAUGGGCGUUCUGGGCUUGGCAGCAGCGCCACAUGCCGUGGGGAAACGGCGCGUCCCCCAGCUCCCCCUCUCCGCCAGUCAUGCCGCAAGCUUCCAUGUCCCCCGCGAGCGCCGCCGCCGCCGCGGCCGCCGCGAUGGCCGCCUUUGCCGGCGCCGGCAACAGCAAGGACGGCAGCACUGCGGCGAUGUACCCGCUGCAGGCGCUCACUGCCGCGUCGGGUUUGGGCGGCAGUCGCGGCGACCCGGGUGCGGCGGCGGCUGCUGCGGCGGCUAUGGCGGCGGCCGACGCGGCGUUUUUUAAUUACGGAAGCGCGUCGCAAGUCGCGGGCAUGGGCGCGGGUACGGGUUCCGGCGCAGGCGCAGGCGCAAGUGGCGCAGUUCCGCCGCUCACCCCUGGAACGUGGAAUGGCGCAUCGGCGGAAGGAGGCCUGGCGGGACUCAUGUCCAAUUUCAGCUGGCCUGGAUCUGGUAACCCGAAUGCGUUACUUAUGAUGAGCCAAGCGCACAUGUUCGGCGGAAUGGGCGGAUUCGGGGGAAGCUCAGGCGCGGGGUCUCCGCCCGACCGCGGGUGCAUACACGGAGAAGGGGAGGCGUCGGGGCAGCAGCAGCAAGGGCGGAGCCCGUCCGCUGCGGCUGCGCGUUCCGCCGCCAGCGAGAGGCUCGGGCGCAGGCGCGGGGAGGAGCGGAGCAGCCGCGGAGGACCCGCGCGGAGCGGAGUGGACGACGCGCGGAAAGGUGGCUUGCGGAAGAGCGCAAGCACGAGGUCCGCGGGGUCCAGAGGUCCAGCGGCCACUGCGCCUGGUGGUGCCAUCGGCGGAGGCGGAGGGGGAGGCGGAGCAAUUGGCGCGAUGUCGACGACGAGUGGGCGGAGCAUGAAGAGCACGAUGAAGAGCGGGGCGCGGGGUGCGGCGAAGGGCGGAAAGGGGAAGAAGCGCAAGGAGAUGGCAGCUGGUGACGGCGCAGAGAUUUUGGCACAAGCGCAGCAGGAGCAAGCGCAGGAGCGCGCGGAAGGAUCAGCAGGAGCAGCGGCAGAGGCAGCGGAAAGAGCGGGAGUGGGAGCGGGAGCAACAGAGGAGGAGCUGUUUCGGGGAAUCGAGGUUCUUCGCGCUGCCGCCGUAGCUGCGCGGGAGGAGGAGAGACGCGCGCGCGCCGCAAUUGAACAUCAGGGAACUGGUCUUGGCUGCGCGGAUGCGGCGGCGGAAGCUGCAGCGCAGGCGGAAGAGUAUGACGACGCGCGGAUGGUCGCUGCGCGGGCGGACGCGGAGGAGCGAACGGGCGCGGAAGAAGGAAUGGGAAUGGCGGAAAGGGGUGAUCUGGAGAAUCAGAAGGGCGAGAGCUUCGGGGAGCAGCGCGAGGCGCGGGCUCUAGGGCGCUUUCGCGCUGCUGCCGCCGCCGCUGCCGCCGCCGCCGCCGCGGGCGUUGCUGCUGGGUGUGCAAGCAUUUACCAUGGAGGGUUGGUGGCUAGCGAAGGAGCCUCGCUCCUCCCUGCCGCCGCUGCCGUCCCUACUCUUCCUUCCCCUGCUAUAUCCGUCCGUGCCCCUGCUGCCACUGCUGCUGCCGCUUCUCCUGCUGCUACUGCUGCUCCCGCGGGCGCGGAGGCGGCGGGAGGCAUGCUGGCGAUGGUUCUGGGAAUGGCGGGAGGCGUGGAGGACGAGGAGGAGGAGCGAUUUCGGCGGGACAGCAGGAAGCGGAGCAGGCGCGCGGAGGAGGCGGAAGGGGAGGUCGCAGGAGGGAGCAAGAGGGGGAAGGGGGAGGGAGGGGAGGGAAUGGGGAGAGGGGAGAGGGAGAGUGGGGAGAUGUGUGUGGGUGACUUGGUCGGUGCGGUGGGGCAGAAGGAGUUUUGGCGUGUGAGGAAGGGCAUUGUGAGGCAGCAACAUAUCUUCUCUACACAACUGUUUGAGCUUCACCGACUCAACACGGUGCAGCAGGGGCUGAUGCACGAACCGCUGAACGCCAAGAAGGACCAACCGUCGUGCUGGCAGCAGCAGCAGGGUGCAAGGAACCGCCGCCGGUGCUACGGAGAGCUGUUUUCCUGA